AUGCGCCAAUCUUCAGGAACAUCACCGGAAAGAGAUUACAACUUUCAACAACAACUCACCCGCUUGGAAUUAUUCAAACAAAAUCAUGAUAUUGCAUUCAACUUUUUAACGAAAGGAGUAGAAUAUGAUGAAAAGAAAGAAUACGAAAAGGCCAGAGACUACUACAGAGAGGGAAUUCAAUGUAUAUUGCAAGCAGAAAGAGUUCCACUCUCACAACAAGAGCGAUAUCAAGCAAAAGCCAUGUUAGACAAACUCCAAAAACACAAAACAAACUUUUACAAUAGAAUGAAAGAAAUUGAUCAAAUUCUAUUCGACAUGCAACAACAAAAACAACAAGAGUUCAAUAAGAAUAUUAUGGGAAAUAGCGGUGGAGGAUUUUUCUCGAAUAUUAUGAACCUCUUUUCCGCAAACGCUACCACAACAAGUUCCAACUCAACUACACAGCAAAAGACACAGGUCCUUUCAGAGGAUACACGUCGAUUAACUACGGUCGAUGGCACACGUCAAGACCCAAUUUAUAACCACUACACGACAAAUAGUCAAGUUUUGAGGAGUUUUCCAGGAGGAAAUAAUCGUCUUACCUCAUCGGCAAAUGGAAAAGAAACCAACUCAAACCCAUUUGCUGGAAUGUACAAUAGUGUCAAUAUUUGUGAUGGCUUAGCUCAACAACAGGCACAACCACCAGUUCAUACUCGAAAAAGAAGUUCCUCUAAUGAACAAUUGCAUGGCCAUGUUGCUUCUUCCUCCUCUGGUGGUGGUGUGACUACUAGUAAUGUAAAAAAUCAAAAUUUCAUUAGCAACAACAUGACUCAAUCGGCCAUGCCAUCCUUUUCACAACAUCAACAACAGACUAACAAAUCUUCUCCACUGAUGCCAUAUCAACCAGCUAACACGUCAACUGGUCACAAUUUGGCAUCAAUUCGAAAUAAUUUAUCGAACAAUGAUUCGAACAAUAUCAAAAAGAAAGCGUCAAAAAUUGACCAAAUACCAGAAUUUAAAGGAGUAGAUAGAAAAUUGCUAGAUCAUAUUUUGAAUGAUGUUAUUGAAUCAAAAACAACGAAUUGGGACGACAUUGCUGGCUUAAAAGAUGCCAAGCAAACACUCAUGGAAACAGUUGUAUUGCCAAGUUUAAGGCCAGAUCUAUUUCAUGGAUUGAGAGCUCCCUGUAAAGGUAUUUUACUGUUUGGUCCUCCUGGCACAGGAAAGACCAUGAUUGCAAGAGCAUGCGCUUCUCAGUGCAAUGCAACAUUCUUCUCCAUUAGUGCAUCCUCACUCGUUUCGAAAUAUCAUGGAGAAGGUGAGAAAUUAGUGAAAUGUCUUUUUGCUGCAGCUCGAUAUUUGCAACCUUCUGUGAUAUUUGUCGAUGAAAUUGACUCAAUACUUUCAGCAAGAAGUUCUGAGGAGCAUGAAGCCUCACGUAGAAUGAAAACAGAGUUUAUGGUUCAAAUGGAAGGCGUUUCAAAUACGACUGGAAAAGACGAACGAGUACUUGUAAUGGGAGCUACAAACAUCCCAGACAGCCUUGACGAGGCAAUUUUGCGAAGAUUUACCAAGCGAAUUUAUAUUCCACUUCCAGAUUUUGAAGCUCGAUUUGCUCUUAUCAAACAUUUGUCAUCUGGACAAAAUAUGCUAUUGAGCGAUCAUGACAUUCGAAAAAUUUGUGAGGCAACAGAAGGAUUUUCUGGAUCCGAUUUAACGGCACUCUGUAAAGAAACAGCCAUGAUUCCAAUUAGAGAAAUUAGCGUUGAGAAACUCAUGUCCAUAGAUGCUGGCAAGAUUCGAUCAGUAGUGCUGAAUGAUUUUAUGACAUCGCUGUCUCACGUGAGACCCUCCACGUCACACGAAACAAUAACAAAGCUGGAAAAGUGGAAUGCUCAAUUUGGUACCUCAGUCAAUAUAUAA